UCUCAAACUAGAGAUCACUAGAUUCAAUUUCUAACCUUAUGUAAAUUUGUUGUACCAGAGAUCUCUCUGGUUGUACAUACAAACAUUUUAUAUAAAAUAUUAUUAUUUCCGGAAAUUAUUAGCGAUGCAAUGUACGAAGCUUUUAUUAACGGUUACCGUUUAGCUGACGUGUCACAUGGCAAAUCUUAUUAUGUUUACUGUAUCGAAGUUUUGGAGUCAAAGACUGGCACUCGACAUUUCAUCGAGAGAAGAUACAGCGAAUUUAGUGCGUUACAUCGCAAGUUGAAGAAGGAUAAUUCAGAUAUUGCACCAUUUCCACCAAAGAGAGUAAGAAACUCGCAACCGAAAAUAUUGGAACAACGACGAGCUGCUUUGGAAUUAUAUAUACAAAAAAUGCUAAGUCUAUUAGCAACAAAACAACAAGUUCUCAAUUUUCUGGGUAUAGAAAGCCAAGAAGCUACGUUCCAUCAUAGAAUACAUAAAGCUGCAGACAAUUCAGUGCAUAAUCAUCCAAAUACUUUGGGACAUCAUCCAGUCUUGACUUUUCAUUGUGAUCCAUAUAUCCCAGCUGAUUCAACUAGCAGUCUUUCAGAUGUUGUAACUAAUGGUGUAUUAUUAGGUAUAUAUAAAUCUUGAUAUUAUGAGUGAUUUACAAGGUUGAAAUAAUGAAUAUAAGGUGCGUUUUUUUUAUAAUGCUUUUUUUUUAUAAGAUAAAGGUUGCGUUCAGGAAAAAAAGCAGUUUUUCAACUGUUAUAAAAUUCUUUAAUAUGAUUAGUUUUGCCCUUAGUUUCCUCAUUGGAUUUAAAUGUAUAAAUCAAUCAUAUUCAAGAAUUUUACAACAGUUGCAAAGCUGUUUUUUUUAUUGAACGCAGCCUAUGUAUGUCAGAAUGAAGAGAAAAUAUUUUUAUUUUAU